UUUAAGUCUGACUUUGACAUAUCAUAUCAGCUCCCUUCUUCUAACAUGCCACUGAAUGAAUGUUAGGUUUCGUCUUGAGUUGCAUAAAUAUGGUUAUCGUCUCAAUAAAGGAACAGCAGGAGAGACAAAAAUAGCUACAAUGAUGAAACCCUCAGCGAAAUCAAUUCAGAGAGUUGGUCGUUUCUUAAGGAAGAGCCUUGGGAGCAUCAAGUCCACUGUCUGCUUUGGUAAACACCACAACUUCCCUAACAACAACACUCCACUCUUGAGCCCCUUCUCAUGCAGUCUUAGCCACCCAUGUCCACAAGAUUCCCAAACUGAAGAAACAUACAGCGUUCUAUCCUGUGAGAGCAAGGUUGUUGCAGAUACCAGAGAUGAGAGACUCAUCAACAAAAGCCAACAUAAGAAGAAACCGAAAGAAAAGGUUGCAAGGCCAUUCGAGGAGGCGAGGAGAAGAGGUGACAUGCUGGCGCAGAAGAUGAAAGAUCUCAACAUGGUUGAUCUCAGAGACGUGGAGCAUGCAUUGGAUGUAAAAGAAGCGCUUCGAUGCUAUUCAAACAUUAGGAGCCCUGUCUAUCUAGACAUUGUUGACAACUUUUUCACAGACAUGUACUACGAGUUCUCUGAUCCACGCACCUCUUCGAGCAUCAACGGUUCAAGAAGGAAAGCAGGAUCUUUCAGACUCUAAAACCCCUCUUGAUCAGCUUCGCUCUCGUUUAGAGCAUGCACUACUUAAGAAAGGUUGUUUAUCCUAUUACGCAGUACAUAUAUUUCACUCGUUACUUCUUUGGUAAAAUCACAUGUCACCCUCGGUUACUACCUCUGUAGUACCUUAUAGUCUUAAGUUAUCUCAUCU